CGUGGGGAUUCCGCGAGCGCCAAGCUCGGCCGCCCGCCCCGCCUCCGAGCGGACACCUGGGCGCAGGCUGCGGGGAGGGGGAAGCGGAAGGUUCCCUUGCGUGUGCGCGUGGCGUCAGCGCGUCGCGGCGUCAGAGCGUCGCCGCCCCCCCCCCCGAGCUGCUUCCGGGUCUGGCCGCCCCCCCCCCCUUUAACCCUUCCUCCGCUGGAACUCGGGAGGGUGCGGGUGCGGGUGGAGUGCGAACGCGGACGCGGACCUCCUGGGUCGUGCCAACGAGGCGUCGGGAACGGGGGCUCCCGGGUCCUGGGAAGGGGCUGCCAGGCUCGCGGACUCGAGUCCGAGUGAGCCGUAAUGAGCGCAGCCACUGCCCAUCGCAGACGGUGAAAAAGCUCCUGGAAGAACAGAGGCGCCGCCAGCAACAGCCUGACGCCGGUGGGGCACCGGGACAGUUCCCACCUCCCCUGGCCCAGCCCCUGACCCCAUCUGUGAACGAGGGUGAGGUUGGCCAUACUCACUUCCCAGCCCACCAGGAGGCUGUGGGUUCUGGACUUGGCAGCCUGGCCCCCACCACAGGCUUUCCAGACUGGAGCCCCAACACCCUUGCUGCCUACACAGACAGUGCCUACUCUUAUCCUACUUCUGCUGCUGAAAGUUUCCUGACUUCUGACUUCUGCCCACUCUCGGACCCAGGGCAGCCAUAUCCAUUUCUCCUGGGGAUGGAGGACCCCCUGGAUACCCAGCUUUAUGUAGAACCUUCCCUGCCACAGGUGGGAUCCUGGAAAGGUUCUGGACUCCCCUCAGGACCCCCACAGUUACCCUCUUUGGUCACUGGACCAUCCCUCGACUCAGCCCGUGCUCAAAUGCUGGCCUUGGGGCCGCAGCGGCUGCUGGCCCAAGACGAGGAAGGAGACACGCUCCUGCACCUGCUGGCAGCUCGGGGGCUGCGUUGGGCAGCAUACGCUGCAGCUGAGGUGCUCCAAACAUACAGACAUCUGGACAUUCGUGAGCAUAAGGGCAAGACUCCUCUCCUGGUGGCUGCUGCUGCCAACCAGCCUCUGAUUGUGGAGGAUCUAUUGAACCUGGGAGCUGAGCCUAAUGCUACUGACCAUCAGGGACGUUCUGUCUUGCAUGUGGCUGCUACCUAUGGCCUCCCAGGAGUCCUCUCGGCUGUGAUUAACUCAGGGGUUCGGGUUGACUUGGAAGCCAGGGACUUUGAGGGACUCACCCCCCUCCAUACCGCCAUCCUGGCUCUCAAUGUUGCUAUGGUCUCACCCGACCCCUGUUCCCGGGUGCUGAGUAUUCAGGCCCGAGACCGGCUGUCUUGCGUCCAAAUGUUGCUGCAUAUGGGUGCUGAUCACACCAGCCAGGAGAUCAAGAGCAACAAGACUGUUCUGCAUUUGGCUGUGCAGGCCGCCAACACCGUCCUAGUUCAGCUGCUGCUGGAGCUGCCACAGGGAGACCUGAGGGCCUUUGUCAACAUGAAGGCCCAUGGGAACACAGCCCUCCACAUGGCAGCUGCCCUGCCCCCUGGGCCACACCAGGAAGCCAUAGUGCGUCACCUGCUGGCAGCUGGGGCAGAUCCAGCAUUGCGAAACCUGGAGAAUGAGCAGCCCAUCCACUUGUUGCGGCCUGGGCCGGGCCCUGAAGGGCUCCGGCAGCUAUUGAAGAGGAGCCGCGUGGCACCCCCAGGCCUGUCCUCUUAGGACUCAAAACCCAGAACCUGGACUGAUUUUCCAGUCCCCACCGUCCUGUGGGACAGCCAGCGUAUGCUAAUGUUGCAAAUCCAUGAUAAUGUAUGUGGAAUGUCCUGCCCUUGGGGUCUUACAUUAAAACCUCAAAGUGGCUGCUGUGGUGGGGGUAAACAGUCCCCAAUAUUUGGGGUGAUGUACUAUCCCUCUCCCACCCACAAGGAGCCCCCUAGAUGAUUUCUGUGAAAUCGAGGCCUCUUGAUUGUUUCUGUGAAACACCCUGAGCCCCUACCCCUAUCCUCACUUAGCUCUUCACACCUGGAACCUGAGAUGCAAUUCCCCUACAUGAUACUUGGGGCAUCCCAAAACAGCUCCCAGUAUCACCCCAAUAGAGUUCUUAAGAUGAACCCCCAACCUCUUCAGGUCUUUAACCCUAGGUCCUACUGCUUUCUAAUUCAGAACUCACCCAAGCCCCUAUCUCGGACCUUUACAUUUCCAGUGAAUGUCUUUAUGAAACUCCCUAUUAAACUCAAUUUGGGCCCGGCUAGUAUGGCUCAGUGAUUGAGCUUUGACCUGUGAACCAAGAGGUCACCAGUUUGAUUCCUGGUCAGGUUUCCCAGUAGAGGGCCUAUAGGAGGCAGCCAAUCAAUGAUGUUUCUCAUUGAUGUUUCUAUCUCUCUGUCUCCCUCUCUAAAAAUCAAUAAAAACAGAUUUAAACUCAA